GGAAAGCUCGCUGAGUCGUACUCGCGAUCGGUCUGUCUACACAGCGACAACCCUCUUUCUCUCUCCCUCGAGAAGUGUCUUGCUAUCCCUCGAUAGUACGCGUCGCAUUUUCUAUCUACCAUUGGAGACGAAAGUCACAUCGAUUAAGGAAGCGGGAUGCACCGAAGGAUCGUGAUACUAUUCAUCGCUUCGGCUCUCAUUGUGACAGUUCAUUCAGAGGUAUUGAGAUGCUACAUGUGUACUUCGCUGUCAAACGAAGCAUGCGGAUCUGACAUGGUAGGGAAAUCGUUGCAACCAGUAGAAUGUACCGGUACCAAGAUGUUGGAUUGGCAAACAAGCAUCAAACAGCACAACGUCCUCAAACUGAUCGCGCAUCUCUUUGAAGUCGAUGACACAUUCCAGCAUUAUCAAAGAGCUCCUCAGGACAUGGCUUGCGCGAAAAUGAUUCUUGAUGUUGCGAAUACGAACGUGACCGUGAGGACGUGCCAAGCGGCCAAAACGGAGAUCCUCGAUCCAUGUAAGGCCAUGAAGGGAAAACUGAAGGAGGGUCUGCUAGGCACGAUGAAGCAAUGCACACUCUGCGUCGAAGAAGCCUGCAACGGCACGACGUCUCUGUCUCCUGGAAUAUUUUAUAUCCUCUUCGGUACUCUUCUUCACGUUGCUCUUCUUCAUCGGGCAUAACGUCGUUCACGUUCCACCUCAAACGAAAA